GAGAACAUCAUGUUGUGAAGAGAGCAGCAUCUUGUCCAAGCGGAUGGACUCAGUAUUGGAAUCGAUGCUUCCUCUACAAUCAUCAUCAAAUGACUUGGGCUCAGGCGCAGAGAUUCUGUGAGUUCAUGAAUGCAGACCUCCCAUGUAUACACAGCAGCAAAGAGUAUCAGUUCAUUCAACACCUCAUAUCUAGGGCCACUCAUGCAAGUGGAGAAACAUGGAUUGGUGGCUCAGAUGGUCAAGAGGAGAAUUACUGGUUUUGUUUGGAUGGAACCCAUUUCACAUAUGCGGAAUGGUGUCAGGGAGAACCUAACAACUAUGACAGAAAUGAGCAUUGCUUACUGGUGAAUUAUUCAGAACGCAAUUGUUGGAAUGAUGGGACAUGUUACACCAAACUCCCAUUUAUUUGUGUCAGGACCAUUGGAUGAUCCCUGGUCUGUCAUGAAGGCUUGGCCCACCUGACGACAAAGCAAAUGAUCUCAUUUAUCACCAAAAGAAUCUGAUACUAAUUUGAUUUACCCCGUUUCUUUUACUGUAAUGCUGCAUAAGGAAUGACGCGACAAGUGACAUAAAUUGGAGUAGCUCUUUUCACAGGAGCAUAUUGCAUGUGUACUUGAAAGAAUGCUUUUAGCAAAACUUUAUUUCCCGGAAUGAGUUGUUUCUCAUCUUUUUCAUCAUUAAAAUCUUAAGAAUGGAAUCAAACUGGUCUUUGAAUUUAAAUGCUUCAUUCCCAUGGAUGUACUCUUAAAUUUCACAUAAUCCACACUGUAAAAUCUCACUAGUAAUCUGAAUUAAAAAAAUUAUGCAAAC